AAAAAAAGACGUCGAAGACGAGGUUGAAUCCUCUAAAGCCUGGGAAGAUCGUUUGGAAGUUGCCCUCCAAAAGAAUGAUGUUGUCUUGGUCUGGAGACUCAUCGCUGACUUCAGAGAAAAAAAUGAUAAGAAGACCCUUGACAACUUAAGCAAUGACUGUAGAACUAUCGCGCGCGAGGAGAACGCAAAGGAAGAUAACAACAUUAUAAGUAUCACACGUUGGAAGAUGUCGGAGACGUGGAAUAAAGUGUGUCAACUAUGCAAAUAUUUCAAAGAAUGGAUCUCUUGCAAGAGCACUGAAGACAAUAUCGAAGACACGACAACGGCACAAAACGAAGAAGAAAGGAGAUGGAUCCUCAUAUUGAGCAACCCGUUGUACAUAACCCUCGAAUGGUUGUGGGAGAUUGAUUCGAAUACCCGAAAUCAGCCGAAUGCGAAUGGGACAUCGGAGAUGGAGGCAGACGAGAAAGAAGAAAAGCUUAAUGAGCCGAAUGCCAAAAAGAAAUCGGAUGAGAAGGCAGAUGAGAAAGCGAAUGAGACAUCAGAGAUGAAGGCAGAUAAGCAAAGAAUAAAGCGUAAAGAAACUACAUUGUCUGGCAUUAUUGAGGCAUCCCUCCGUGACUCACUCCUGUUAGGGAAAAUCGCCGCGUACAAGUAUCAUCAAUACAGUCGAGACGACUACAUGAAUUGCGCGAGAGACCUUGAGAAAUUGGCCGUAGAUAUCGUUGCCCAAAUAGGUCCUUCCCAACUGAAACCACUUCACCUCAUCAUGGAUAUCGAGGGCACAGGAUGUUUAUUGAAUGAGAAAAAGCCUGACAAUUUCAUGCCGAGUGUGAGCCUGGUGAGGUUCGGCGUGGAGAAACAACGAAAGUUGUUUGUGGCGAGCUACAACUGCCAGUAUGUACUCAACGAGGUGAUCAACCGUGGAUGGUGGGACUGGAGAGAUGAAGGUUUUGUCGUAAAGAGCAUUUGGUUCCUUUUUCAUUUUAUCUUCUCACUCGUGAUGAGCAUUCCUUAUCUACUGAUAAAACUGUUGAACUGCGGUGCAUCCUCCUGCUGUUCAUGCUGGAAAUUGAGGAAAUUUUUCGAACAUCCUUACUCCAAGUUCAUCAACCAACUCAUGUCAUACUUGACAUUUCUAUGCACGAUCAUUGCCUCUUCCUUCCCGACUGUAUACAGCAGAACCAGCUCAGGCCCCUCGAUGUUACUACUUGAUGUUUUGUGUGUAUGUUUUGCGUGCGGUCUAUUCAUACAGGAACUCAUGGAGCUCUGGCAGCAAGGCUGCUUAAAUUACUUCUCAAAGUGGUGGAAUGUUAUAGACCUAGUAAUGGCCUCAGCAUUUCUGAUUUCCUACAUAGUAUGGGGGAGCGCAUGGUUGACAUACGGAGGGUGGAGGCCAGAAAGCCCAUCAUUUAUUUUUUCUGCUCUCAUUUAUGCCAGUGCCUGCGCCGUAGCCUUUUUCCACUUGGGACGCUUUUUCCAAGUCAGUUCAACGCUGGGUCCCAUGCAGUUGUGCUCCUUCAACAUGCUGAAAGAUGUUAUCAAUUUCCUCGCCAUCAUCUCCGUGCUCUUCUUUGCAUUUGUCACUGGGGUGGCUAAGAUCUAUUCGUAUUACAUCCAAUCUGAGAAGGAACUACAAAAACAGGACAAGGAGAAUAUUACAAUUCAUUACAAAACGACGCAUCCAUAUGCCAACCACAUUACCGCUCUCUACAAUAUGUUUUGGUGGUUGUUCGCUGACGUGAACGAAGACCGAAAGGGUGUCGAUGAUAAUCGCUUCCGCUACAUACCCAUUUAUGUCAGCAUUCUUAUGAUCGUGUUUAUGAUACUUGCCGUCAUUGUGGCACUAAAUAUGCUGAUCUCAAUGAUGAGCUACUCUUUUGAAAAUAUCAUGAAAAAUGCAAUUACAGAAUGGAAGUUUUCAAGAACCCAAAUGUGGCUAGAAUGGAUUCACAAAGAGAAUGCUGUACCUGUGCCUAUGAACCUUGUACUUGUACUUGCACUUGUACCUGUACUUGUACGUGUACUUGUAAGUGUACUUGUACUGUUUUUCUUCUGGCUUCUAUACAAGAUCAUCACAGCGGUAAAAUGUUCAUUAGGGAUCAAGCUAAAUAGUGAAUGGAAUUAAUGCUAAGUUUUAAUGUAUUUGUCAAAACAUCCAAUGGACUGGUCAUUAUUUAUCGCCGGAAGGGGAGGGAGGGGUUAGCUCUAUAUAUUAUAUAAUAAUUCUUGUGACCUUCCCCCACCCUCAUUGACAGUUAAUUAGCUGUCAGUUUCCCCCAAUAAUACUCUGUUGGCGAGGACUGAUCCCACUGCGUUCCCCAUUAAAACCAUAUGACUCCCCUAAACUCCUCCACUCUGCACCUGUAAGUUAAUGAUUAAAAAGAGAGUUUCUCAAUCACGUUUCCAGCCUCCGAUGUUUCUU